GGGCUUGUUUGGGAAUUCACUCACCGCGCGCACAGAACAGAACAUUCGCUUCCUGUCCACCUCGAUUGCUCUAGGGUUUUCCUCUCCCAUUCGAGCCGGCUUCGUCCCCUUCCUCUUCGUCGCCAUCCACCGCCGAAGUCGAGCCCCGACUCGGGCUUCGUCGCCAUCUCCACAGAAGACGAGCUCUGACUUCGUUUUCGUCGCCAUCUCCGCAGAAGACCAUCUCCGAUUUCGAGUUUCAGACCACCGGCGCAUCUUCAUCUUCUUCCACGCGAGCGAUCUUGGUCUUCGACCAUCGAUCUGGAGUCUUCGUCCACCGGUACCGAUCUUGGUCGCUGUUUCAGCGAGCGAUCUUCGUGUUCGCCAUCUCCGCCGAAGUCGACCUCCGAUUCCGACUUGCAGACCGCCGUUCACCCUCGUCGCCAUCUUCGUCCACGAUAUUGCUGUUACUACUGAAUGGGGAAACUGUGAUCAAGUUCACCAGUAACCAUUAUGUCCGGGCUUAUUGAAGGUCUCCCUGAUGCAGUUGCCCUCAGGUGCCUUGCACGGGUUCCCCUAUACCUUCAUCCCCAACUGGAGCUUGUUUCACGUUCCUGGCAAGCUGCCAUUCACAGCCCCGAGUUAUUCAAAGCUCGACAAGAGGUCAGUUCAACAGAGGACUUUUUAUGUGUGUGCGCAUUUGAUCCUGAGAAUCUGUGGCAGCUUUAUGAUCCUCUUCGAGACCUUUGGAUUACUCUCCCAGUUCUCCCGUCAAAAAUCAGGCACCUUGCCCACUUUGGUGCUGUCUCCACUGCUGGAAAGCUGUUCGUGCUUGGUGGUGGCAGUGAUGCUGUCGAUCCAUUGACCGGUGACCAUGAUGGGAGUUUUGCAAGCAAUGAGGUGUGGGCAUUUGACCCUGUAUCUCGGCAGUGGUCCCCACAAGCAUCCAUGCUUGUGGCUAGAGCCAUGUUUGCAUGUUGUGUUUUGGAUGGAAAGAUUGUUGCCGCUGGUGGUUUCACUAGCUGCCGGAAAUCAAUCUCCAAAGCAGAAAUUUAUGAUCCGGAUAAGGAUGUCUGGGUUUCAAUACCUGAUCUCAACCACACUCACAAUACAGCAUGUUCAGGAGUUGUUAUUGGCGGCAAAGUGCACGUAUUGCACAAGGGGUUGUCAACCGUGCAGGUGUUGGAUGGGGUGAAGCUAGGUUGGACGGUGAAGGAUUAUGGUUGGCUCCAGGGUCCAAUGGCAGUUGUCCGGGGAGCACUCUAUGUGAUGAGCCAUGGCGUCAUUUUCAGGCAGGAAAUAGAUUCAAGGAAGUUGUUGGUUUCCGCUUCGGAGUUCAGGAGGAGAAUUGGAUUUGCAAUGAUCGGUUUGGGAGAUGAGAUAUAUGUGAUUGGAGGGCUCAUAGGGCCCGAGCGAUGGAACUGGGACAUCAAGAGGCUGACAGAUGUCAACGUGCUGACAAUUGGAAGCGAGAGACCCAUCUGGCGCAAGGUAUCUCAAAUGACUCGGUGCCAGGGGACCAUUCUGGGUUGUACACAGCUGAGAAUUUAGGUAUGGUUUUGAUCUUUGGUGGUGGAUUUUGUUUCUCUGUUGUGAGAAUUGUGGUCUGAUCUUGAAGGGUUUUGGCUCCCCCCGUGGGGGGAAGGAGAGGAGAUGAGCUUUUCAGCAGAUGGCAAAAAAAACCUUCUUAUUGUUUGUAAACCUUUAACAUCUGGCCUCAAAAGUCAUUAUGUUCUGCUGCUUCUUUCUUGGUCGUGGAGUUUUAGGGGACUCUUUUAUUAUAGGGUGAAAAAGGCUGAAUAUUUUGGGAACAGCCCAAAAAUGAGUGCUCACUGCUCACUAGGAAUAUUUAAGUUAUUAGCAUAAAGGAAACCCCCCCCCCCCCAAAAAAAAAAAAAUGAUUCCUUCCUUUCUUUUAUUUAAUAUGAUUUAUUUGUUUUGAUGAUAAAUGGGAAAUAUCAUUUCUAUA